UUCUUCCCGUUUGGUUUUUGUUAUUUUUUCUCCUUCUUUUGUGUUUGUAUUCAUUAUUUCCCAAACAAAACGUUUGUUUGGUCUGAUAAAUUUCGAUUCGGUGAUCAAACUCCGCCUUCAUUGCCGACUCUCCAGGCUUUGCUUAACCGGUGUCCGAGUAAGCCUCCAUGUCCGAUCGUUCUAGCCGAGCGCAGCUGAGUGUCCCCGCUUCACGUCUCAUUAAGCGCAGUGCUUCUGCAUCACCCAUUCCGUCCGGGAAACCGCAGACAAGCAGCACUUUCAAGCGUAGUCCGGUCGUCACCCGAUCCAGUCCAAAGCCCGCAAGUCCGUCUAAAAUGUCUCUGUCCGAUUUCAUCGCUGCUGCGGAUAGGCUCAUCAAAUUCGAGGCCCGCAUCGACGGUCCCGGAGAUUCUAACGCCACUCAUGCGGCUCAGCUCCGGGCCUUCGAGAUCCGCCGAGAUCGUGUCAAGGCAUUAUGGGAUGAUGCUGAACAGCAGUACAAGGUCUGUGCCAGAGCGUUGAGCCAAGGGGCGAGCAGUGGCGAAGUUGAAGCCAUGGAGGCUAAAUUCGACCAUUGCUAUACUGUGUAUGAACGGUGUACGACGCACCUGGGGGUGCAAAUCGAUGCACUUUCCGCAUCGAGUAUACCGCCCGCUCCUAUGUCCGCUCCUUUCGCCUCGUCUGGAGGCUGUCGCCUGCCACCCGUUGAUACGGAAGUUUUCCAUGGCGACUACCUGCGCUGGCCAACAUUCCGUGAUCUUUUCACUGCAAUAUAUAUCCAAAAUCCGCGCCUGACUCCGGUGGAAAAGUUAUUCCACCUAAAUUCAAAAACAGCAGGUGAUGCAAAUGCCUUAGUCGCUGAGUGCCCGCUCACGAACGAUGGCUUUGCAUCGGCCUGGGACGCCUUGUGUGACCGGUACGAGAACAAGCGACUGUUAGUGAACAGUCAGCUUAAGAUCCUUCUCAAUCUCCCCAAGGUCACCAAAGAAUCAGGCGCGGCUCUCAGAGAGUUGCAUGGCACCAUCCAUCGGUGUGUCACUGCCAUCGAGCAAGCUCAGAUCUCUACGGAGAACUGGGAUUGUAUCCUUGUGUUCUUGUGUACUUCCAAGUUACCUGAACACACUCGAUCUCUCUGGGAGCACUCAUUAACGCGAAAAUCAGACAUCCCAGCCUGGAAAGACGUGAGUCUGUUCAUCAGCGAACAUGCUCGCGCGCUUGAAGCUAUGGAAGGUGAUAGGUCCCUCCCCAAAGUCCCAGGUGCAGACCCGAAAUCCACGGCCAGCACCUCUAAUAAAAAGGUCCAUGCCUUCGAGACACAAGUUCAGCCCAAAUCCAAAAAGUGCGAUUUGUGUGCUAAAGAGAACCAUCCGGUUCGUCUGUGUCCUCGCUUCAGCCAAAUGUCCUUGGCAGCGCGCGAAGCAUACAUAAAGCGAAGGCAACUUUGCCUGAACUGUUUUGCUCAAGGGCACCAACUGCGCGACUGCACUAGUAUUCACAAUUGCGCCAAGUGCAAGGGGAGGCACAAUACACUGCUUCACCGGGAAGGCUCCACAGCAAACAGCUCCUCAUCCGGAGCCGCUGCGACUCCAGGUACGUCCGAAGUACCUCGUAACGUGCAGUCGUAUUUCACGGCCGAUACUCCAGGGGUCCUACUUGGAACGGCCGUAAUUGAUGUGUGUCAUUUGGGGGUCACAUAUCCAGCCAGGGCUCUAAUCGACUCGGGGUCCGAAGCAACGUUCAUUUCCGAACGAUUAUUCCGUCUGAUGAAGCUACCAUUCCGAUCCGUGCAAACGCAGGUGUCCGGUCUAGGCCACUCCGUGGCAGCCAAAUCAACGAAGCUUUGUGAUUUCCAUAUCGGCACUCCGCUGAAACCCCGACUUCGAAUUGAGGCCUCAGCUUUAGUCAUCCCACGGCUCUCCGGCAAUCUGCCAUCGUACCCCAUUCCACAAAAUCUCUUGAACAAUCUGCCCGACAUCCCAUUAGCUGAUCCACUUUUCUUCAAGAGCGCUCAAAUUGACGUUCUUUUAGGCGCGGAUAUCCUUCCGUCGAUCGUUCAGGGGGGCUUCCGCCCUAACCUCUGCGGAUCACUAAUGGGCCAAGAAACAAUCUUUGGCUGGAUUCUUACGGGUCCAGUCACAAAGAAGCCUCAAGAGUCAAUUUCCGCUUUCACGACUAGGGUUACCAUUCUCCACGAUGAGAAACUCGACCAUCUCAUCACCAAAUUUUGGGAGGUGGAGAAUCUCCCCAAGGUAGCCAGUGAGCCGGACUCUGCGUGUGAGGACAAUUUUGUCCGAACCACACGGAGAGACAAGUCUGGCUCCUACGUCGUGACUCUUCCGUUUAAAAAUCCGGAUCACCCUGACUUAGGUCAUUCGCGAUCCAUCGCUCUGGGGCAGUUUCUCAAAAAUGAGAGCAGGUUGUCCAAGAAUCCGAUACUCAAGGCCGAAUACGAAGCUAUCCUGCAAGAGUAUCUCGACUUGGGUCAUAUGAGGCCAGUGUUUUCACAUUGCAAUCCUGCAAUGAGUAACUUUUACCUGCCUCACCACGCAGUGUUUAAGCCCGACAGCACCACCACCAAAGUGAGGGUGGUGUUCAAUGCAUCGUGCCCAUCUUCCAAUGGGAAGAGCCUGAAUGAUAUUCUUCAUCCAGGCCCGGUCCUUCAGUCCGACCUCACGAUGCAAAUCCUCCAAUGGCGAUACUAUCGAUACGUGUUCAAUGCAGAUAUCACUAAAAUGUAUCGCCAAAUUCGUGUUGAUCCAAAACACACCCCUUUCCAACGAAUCCUGUUCCGUAAGCCAGACGGCAACAUCGGGGACUUCGAGCUAAGCACCGUCACUUUUGGAGUAAACUGUGCUCCCUUCCUGGCUUUGAGAGUUCUCAAACAGCCAGCAAGGUCAUCUCCGAGUGCAUGUACGUCGAUGACGUACUUGCAGGAGCACAUUCCAAAGAAGAGGUGAUCGCAACCAUCGCCGAACUCAUAGAAGCUCUGGAGAGUGCGGGGUUUCCAUUAAGGAAGUGGACAUCCAAUUCCAUGGAUUGUCUAAGGGCUAUUCCAAAGA